UCUUUUCACACAUCACUCUGUUUCUCUCUCUCUCUCUCUACAAAUACACACUUUUCUGUAUCUAUAGGUUUUGCAUUCCCUACUCUUUUACUCUCUUUGAGUAGAGACCCUCCAACAAAGCUACAUCAACAACAAUUUCAUCAUUGUGUGAUCCUUCAUGGUGCCUCUGCUUUUCCCUUAGACACACAAAAAAACACUGUAGGCAUCUUGGAUUUGAAGGUGUCCGAAGAGACUCUGCUGAAAUGGGAGAGAUGUGGUUUAGUGUUAUUAUUGUCCUGUUAUUCGGUAUCUUGAAUGUUGGGAAGGCUGAAAUCUACAUAGUGACAGUUGAAGGAGAGCCUGUCAUAAGUUAUAAAGGUGGCAUUGAUGGUUUUGAAGCAACUGCUGCAGAGUCUGAUGAGAAAAUUGAUACUACUAGUGAAUCGGUUACAUCCUAUGCCCAACAUCUGGAAAAGAAGCAUGAUAUGCUUCUAGCUUUGCUAUUUGACCGUGGGACCUACAAGAAAAUCUACAGCUACCGCCAUCUCAUUAAUGGCUUCGCAGCUCAUAUUUCACACGAGCAGGCAGAAAUCCUCAGACGAGCUCCUGGUGUGAAGUCUGUGGAGAGAGAUUGGAAGGUGAAGAGACUUACAACUCACACGCCACAGUUUUUGGGGCUCCCUACAGGAGUAUGGCCGACAGGUGGUGGAUUUGACCGGGCAGGCGAGGAUAUCGUAAUAGGUUUCAUCGACUCUGGCAUCUAUCCACACCAUCCAAGUUUUGCAAGCCACAACACUGAGCCCUAUGGACCUCUACCAAAAUAUAGAGGAAAAUGUGAAAUUGAUCCUAACACCAAGAAAGACUAUUGCAAUGGGAAGAUUAUAGGGGCUCAACAUUUUGUGGAAGCUGCAAAAGCAGCUGGUUCAUUUAAUCCUGCAAUUGAUUUUGAUUCUCCUCUAGAUGGUGAUGGACAUGGAAGCCACACAGCAGCUAUCGCUGCUGGAAACAAUGGGAUUCCUGUCAGAAUGCAUGGAUUUGAGUUUGGAAGAGCAAGUGGUAUGGCACCUCGUGCGAGAGUUGCUGUAUACAAGGCACUAUACAGGCUAUUUGGAGGGUUUGUUGCAGAUGUAGUUGCUGCUAUUGAACAGGCUGUUCAUGAUGGUGUGGACAUUCUUAAUCUCUCUGUGGGGCCAAACAGUCCACCAGCAACUACAAAGACAACAUUUUUGAACCCUUUUGAUGCUACACUUCUUUCAGCUGUGAAAGCCGGUGUAUUUGUUGCACAGGCUGCUGGUAAUGGAGGUCCUUUCCCCAAAACUUUGGUUUCUUAUAGUCCGUGGAUUGCAACAGUGGCUGCUGCAGUUGAUGAUCGUAGAUACAAGAAUCAUUUGACAUUAGGAAAUGGGAAAGUCUUAGCUGGACUCGGUCUAUCACCUUCCACACAUCCAAACCGGACAUUCACUAUGGUAGCAGCAAAUGAUGUUCUUUUGGAUUCUUCAGUUACGAAGUAUAGUCCUGCUGACUGUCAAAGGCCAGAAGUUUUAAACAAGAAUUUGGUGGAGGGAAACAUCCUUCUUUGUGGUUAUUCUUUCAAUUUCGUAGUUGGCACAGCAUCGAUUAAAAAAGUCGCGGAAACAGCAAAAGCUCUUGGUGCAGCUGGCUUCGUUCUUGCUGUAGAAAAUGCUUCACCAGGAACAAAAUUUGACCCGGUUCCUGUUAGAGUUCCUGGGAUUCUUAUAACAGAUGUUUCCAUGUCAAUGGAGCUUGUAAACUACUACAACAUCACGACUUCAAGAGAUUGGACUGGACGAGUUAAGAGCUUUAAAUCAACAGGAAGCAUUGGGAAUGGGUUGAGGCCGAUACUCCACAAAUCUGCACCUCAAGUAGCUGUCUUCUCUGCUAGAGGACCUAAUGUCAAAGAUUACAGCUUUCAAGAUGCUGAUCUCCUGAAACCUGAUAUACUGGCUCCUGGUUCUCUUAUUUGGGCUGCCUGGGCUCCCAACGGGACAGAUGAAGCCAACUAUUGUGGUGAAGGAUUUGCAUUGAUCUCUGGAACUAGCAUGGCAGCGCCCCAUAUAGCAGGAAUAGCAGCCCUUAUCAAGCAGCACCAUCCUCAUUGGAGCCCUGCUGCUAUUAAAUCAGCAUUGAUGACAACUUCAUCAACCAUUGAUAGGGCGGAGAGACCGCUUCAAGCACAACAGUAUUCUGGAUCUGAGACCUUGACGCUCGUUCCAGCUACUCCAUUUGACUAUGGAAGCGGACAUGUUAAUCCUAGAGCAGCUCUGGAUCCCGGACUUAUUUUUGAUGCAGGUUAUCAAGAUUAUUUGGGGUUCUUGUGCACUGUGCCUGGAAUUGAUGCUCUCGAAAUAAAGAAGUUCACGCAUUCCCCAUGCAACUACACCCUUGGUCAACCAUCAAAUUUCAACUCACCCUCAAUUGCAGUUUCACACCUUGUGGGAACUCGAAUAAUUACACGCACAGUGACAAAUGUUGCUGAGGAAGAAACUUAUGUUGUAACGGCAAGAAUGGCUCCAGAAGUUGCCAUUGAAACUAAUCCUCCUGCAAUGACUUUAAGGCACGGUGCAUCAAAGAAAUUCACGGUAACACUCACUGUCCGAUCAGUAACAGGAGCCUACAGUUUCGGAGAGGUUUUACUGAAAGGUAGCAGAGGUCACAAAGUCAGGAUCCCUGUUGCAGCUAUGGGUUAUGAUCGAUAGGCUGGUCGAUGUUUGCUUAAUCCAAAGUUGAAAUAUCUUGUUUGCUGCCAUAUUCUUUGGAUCUGUGAGAAUAAGAUGCAUAUGGUUUAGAUGUGGUUUCUCCAAAUAUAUAAGGUAUGAAGUGAAAAUCAUGUAAAGUUUAAUAGUAUGAGGUGAGAAGGUAGUUUCUUCCCUUCCUAAGUUUUGCUAAUUCUGUUGUAACAUGGUGGAAUGCCUUUUAUCCCCCCUUUUGGUAUGUAUGGCAUAUUGGCCCUCGAGCCUUUAUUAAGAGUUAGAAAAGGGAAGGUAAGGUAGGUUUGUCUCUUCCCUAGUUUAUUUUUGACUUCCUCUUGUAUAAGUUAAUCAAAGCUUCCAAUUUAUUGCAUUUAAUUA